UCUUGAGGAGGGGGGGUCCCUCUUUAAAUGCGAUGAAGGAGGGGAACCUGUGUGUCUAGUGCCUGCGGGGGGAAGGACAAGCCGGCACUUGAACUGAGCAAGCCUCUCCUUGACGGCGUCAGGUGCUUGCUGUCUCCGGCUGCUGAGCAGCUAAAGUCCAGCGUCUCGUUUUGCACCCGCCCUUUCCGCGCUUGUGAUCUGCCUGCUCGCCUCGCUUCCUCGGUCUCCUUUGCGCUGCGUUCAGUUUCAGCCUCGCCUUCCUGCGUUCCGGAGCAGCCCCAGAAAUGCCCGCUUUGGUGCUCUCGCUGGCGCUGUGCGCCCUGCAGAUGUGGCCAGCUGUGGUCGGCGGCCCUCCCCAGCAGCGGUUCGCCGUGCUGGACAAACACUGGCCCCUGAGGCUCACCAAGAUCCAGAACUUCGCAUGGCAGAACUGUGGCCCCUCAUCUGACCCUGCUGUGAUCAGGAGUUUGUCCAUAUCUCCAGAUCCAAUUUCGAUGCCGGGAGAUGUGACAGUCAGCGUAGCCGCUGCUACCACUGUGGCCCUCACUUCACCUCUGAAGGGAGAGGUUGUUUUGGAGAAGAAGAUCGGCGAUAUGUGGAUAAAGGUCCCCUGCGUGGACGAACUUGGCAGCUGCACCUAUGAUGAUCUUUGUGCCAAACUGGAUCAGGCUAUUCCUCCUGGCCAGCCAUGCCCGGAACCAAUGCAGACUUAUGGCAUUCCUUGCCAUUGCCCCUUCAGAGCGGGUUCUUACAACUUGCCUUCCUCCACCUUCUACAUCCCCACCUUGGAUUUGCCUCCCAUGCUCACCAAUGGGGACUACAGGUUCAAGGUUGUGCUGAGCAAUGGUGACCAACAGCUGGGCUGUCUCAAGUUGUCGCUUUCCCUGCACUCUGAGAGCCGGUGGUUUUGGUGACUACAACGGAGGCAUCUUUGGGCUUGAGUGCCACAUUUCUUACCCCACCCCCUCCUCUUGAAUUGCUAAUACUAAGACUUCUUAGCUGCAACUGCUUUUAUGAUGGCUUCUGAGGAGGAGCCAAGAUGAUGAUGUGAACAGCAGCCUCUAUCUUUCGCUCUGCUUUUUUUUUAAAAAAAAAAUUAACUUCUGCUGAUAGCUUUUAAUCACUUGGAAAAAUCACCAAACUCAAUGAAGAAAUGUUCAGAAAUAUUUUUUUUAAAAAAAUUAGAAUUGGAGAUGUCUGUGCCUAACCAGUGUUUAUGCAUUGGUUAUAAUUAGGGCAGCUUUCCCUAACCUUGGUCCCUUCUCCCCCAAGGCACUGUUGGACCAGAUCUCUCAUCAUCUCUAAACAUUGGCUAGGCUGGCCGGGGAUGGUGGAAGGUGUGGUCCAGUAAUGUCCAGGGGAGCCAGUUGGGGAAGGCUGGAUCAGGACCACAUCACCCUGGAUAUAUAUGCUACACAGGGGUAGGGAGUGCAUAAUGGCUACGUGGAUAGAUGUAAGUGCAGUUUCUCAGCUUGGUAAAGUGACACAAACAUACUGUAAUCUUUAUGCAUCACUGUCCAUAAGAUUCCUCUUCACCCCCAGGGUCUCAAACUAUGGGGUUGUGAGAAUACUGAAAGGUGGUUGGGGUAUGCUGACAGGAUAGCUUGAGCAGACUCAUGAAGCAGUAACCAGAGGAAGAAACCACGCUUCCUGCUUUCUGCAUCACAGAUCAAAAUAGCCAGGCAGGCUCCACCAUCUCAUCUGUAUUUACUUCUGCAAACGCUGCUUGGUCAAGGGGGCUCCUUCACUCUGCUGUACACCAAGCACGCUAUAUGAGCAAGCAGUUCUAAUCCCUCAAAAGGCCCAUAUCUGUUAGUCUUGUGCUGCCUAAGUUGAACUUUGUGCAUGAGGACUAGAUCCAAGCAAGAGAGUGGAACAAUGAAGGGAACACACACACACACACUUACAUCUCCUGAUUGCAAACCAUAUGUGCUGUUUCAUGCUCCUGUUUAUCUUCUGAACAGAAGUUUGGUGCUUGGUUAGAGAGAGGGGUUUUUGGUGGGAUUUAUCUGUUCAAGUUAGCUUCUGAUAAAAGCAGAAGGAAAACACUCAGCAUAAAAGAUCUGUAUGGUGUUUCAUGCAAGACUCUGCCAACAUUUAUGGAAAAGGACCAAAUGCUUGCAGUGCUGUCCCAAAGUAUCUGUGGACAGUUUGGGGACUGUUGGGCAAAGUGACACAUCUCCAUCUCUGUGGGAAUUUUCUCUUCUUGUUCAACUAGAAAACGAAAGAUGCUUACUUAACUUCUGUUUCCUAAGGAACCAAUUAAUCCCGCACUGAUGGGAGUCCGGGGGAGGGAGGGAAUCACAAAUCUCUCUUAUUCUCAAUGAGAUGUGUUCUGGAUUGAAGGAGAACAAAAAAUUCUAACAUUCUGAUCUAAUUUCAUGAAUCGGCCAAGUAAUCUAAUGACAUGAAUAUAAGAUGUAUAGUUGUUGUGCCAUAUGGUGAGUGAGUACUGUGUAUCAUUUCUGUAGUUCUGUGUUCUAUGAGGUGAUGAACAAAUUUGCCGGAUACAUACUACAUGUGCAGCACUGGUAAGAGACUGUUACAAUAAUGAGCCUGGACACCUGGACUAAGAAUUAGUCCUUGUUCUGUGAGCCUGCUUGACUGAUGCUCAUGGAAACUCUUCCCUUAACCCCCAUUAUGUGCGAUAGAGCCCUUGGGGUGCCCCCUCCUUUUCUCUCCCUCCACCUUGCUUCCCUCCUAAUGAGACCUUAAGCUUGCAGGGUGAUUGUUUUAAGCCUUGCACAUUUUUAAGGAUUUGUACCUGUACUCUGGGUAUACAACAUACUUUGCCCUGUUUUAUUACCCUUGUUGGUACUGACAUUAAUAGAACUCUGCCUGAAGUAUUCAGUGGAGGUGUUAAUUGUAGAAGCCCUCCUUACCUUGUGCCAUACUGGAUAGGCCAUGAUACUUCACAGUGCCAUCUUGAAUAUCUGAACUCCCCAAAAGCUGGUCCUUCCAUAUUCCAAACAUACUUUUGUGUCUUACCCAUCUCUACCAUGUGCUUCAUGUUCCCCUCUUAUGCAAACAAAUAUUGAGACUCUGGGGAAAAUGCAUUGCAACUGAUAGAGGAGCAACAGUUUAAAGGAAGAACUACCGUACCAUCAUAGUCCUUCCAGCUCACUGCCGUCUCUAGUCCUAGCAAAUUAUUCUUCCAGUCCACUUAAAAUAUCAGCCUGAAGGGCCCUAAGUCCUAGUGGCAAAUCCCUUUGUCAGAGCUAGACUCGCCAAGGCAGCAUCGCUUUAUCUGCAUAGGUGUUCAAAUAUAUUUAAUGUGCACACAUCCGGAGUCACGGGGAGUGGCACAAGAAAAUAUAUUGCCCUCUAGCUUAAAAACAACUCUCUCGUUUCCUCUUUUGCCUAAGAGGUUUGCACACAAAACCACUGCUGUGCUGUCUUGCAAUAUUGCUCGUAAGCAUGCAGUUGUUAUUGAACUUCCCAUGUUAAAUUGUCAGACCUGUGCCCUGGCAGCCUGCUAGUAUUACUCCAUAUUUUUAUAUGACCAUGUUGCUAAAGUGCCUUGUAAGCCUUAAAUAAUAAUGGCCGUGGUGUGUCCAGAUGCUGGAUGUAAUCACAUGGAUACAUGUAUAGAACAUGACUGAUGUAGCAUAUGUACCUGUAGAAUAUAUUACUUAGGAGAAUACCUUUCAUCAAAAAAACCUUUUUGAGCUUGCUACAUUUCACAAAUGAUCACAAUUUCCUACUGAUUUCAUCUGCAUUCUAAUCAUCUCUUAAAUUAUCUCCACCCUGAAUGCUUAGCAGUGGCCAGCUGAUUUAUUUUGUGGUAUCCAACUUUAUGAUUGAGGGGGGAAAAUCGAGUGGCCUUUAGUGUUGGUGCCAUACGAAAGUAUUGAAUAAAAUCUUUUUAUUCCAUA